AUGCCAUAUGAAGCUCUGAUUAUAGCACUUCUUUGUCUUGUCAAUGUUUUAUGGUUGGUUGAUGGGCAUGAACAAGGCAUAUACAAGGAACAAGUAAAGUUGCUGCAAGCAAACAAAGCAAAGAAUUAUAUCAAGUCAGCUCUCAAAUGUAAGUCCAAUCAAGAUGUCAAAUGGAUUCAAGUAGUCUGUGAAUUAUCUAUUCGCGGGACGAGUGGUGGAAGUAAUUCUUUAUGUUUGGUGACAUCAAAUCGUAUGGUUGGCAAGGAAUAUAAAAGACAUAUCCAUGAUGACAACAGUAUGAAGUUGAUUCCACGAUCAGUCGAGAAUGAUGAAAGUUGUCAUGAUACAUCGUCCAUCAGUCUUAUUAUGUUACUAUUAUUCAAUUGUUAUGAUCAUUUUCAAGUAAAAGUCAAUUACUCUAUUCAAAUGUUUUCCAUAAAUGGCAUAACUUCAAAGUCCGUUCUCGAUGUGGGGUGUGUUGGAUCAGAUUCUCAAAAAAUCUGGAGGUUCCUCAAAAAAAAAAGGUCUGGAGGUCGAGAUCAAAAAAAAUCUGGAGAUUGA